AUGAAUCCCGAAUACGAUUAUCUGUUCAAGCUGCUGCUGAUCGGGGACUCGGGAGUGGGCAAGUCCUGCCUGUUGCUCCGCUUUGCCGACGAUACCUACACUGAAAGUUACAUCAGCACCAUCGGAGUGGACUUUAAAAUCCGAACUAUUGAACUGGACGGCAAGACCAUCAAACUGCAGAUUUGGGACACAGCAGGCCAGGAGAGGUUUCGCACCAUCACCUCGAGCUACUAUCGCGGCGCACACGGCAUCAUCGUAGUCUACGACGUGACAGAUCAGGAGUCCUACAGUAACGUCAAACAGUGGCUCCAGGAAAUCGACCGCUACGCUAGCGAAAAUGUCAACAAGCUUCUGGUGGGCAACAAGUGUGACCUGACCACGAAGAAAGUAGUGGACUAUACAACAGCCAAGGAGUUUGCCGACUCGUUGUCCAUCCCCUUCCUGGAGACGAGCGCAAAGAAUGCCACAAACGUAGAACAGGCCUUCAUGACCAUGGCGGCAGAGAUCAAGAAGCGUAUGGGCCCCGGAGCCACCGCGGGUGGCGACAAACCCAAUUUGAAAAUUGAGAGCACCCCCGUCAGGCAGUCGGGGGGCGGUUGCUGUUGA